CUCAAUCUUCAGCCUGUCUUGCUUGUUUAUCUCUCGCUUUGACAUUUACAAUUGGCACAAGUGUCUACUACAUUGUUCAAUCUGACCUACUACUUGCGCAACGUCUUACGCACUCAUCAUCACGACCGAUAUGUUCUUGCGCAGCAGCAGCUCACGGCUAUCCGCCUUGUUGCGCCGUCAAUCUCCGCGCUCCCUCGUCGCCAAACAUCGCCCAUAUUCUACUUCCCAGCCUCAAGGACAAGAUGACAUUGACGCAAUUCUUGCCAAGCCGACUUGGUCUGUCCGUUCGCUGCUCCCCGACGAGACCGAUAAGCCCUCCACUCCCUCGGUGACUCCCGAACAGCUUCGCCAUCUGCUCCGCUUGUCUGCACUGCCUCGACCCGCGAACGAGGAAGAGGAGAGAAAAAUGCUCGACACUCUGGAGUCCCAGAUCCAUUUUGUGAAGCAAAUCCAGCGCGUCGAUGCCAGCGGCGUUGAGCCUCUACAAAGCAUCCGCGACGAGACUCCUGAAGCGGUGAAGGAAAACACGAUUGGUCUGGAAAAGCUCAAAGAAGCCUUGUCCAAGGAACGGGUUGUUGGACGCAAUAAGAGGAUUCAACGAAUUGAAUCGCAAAGGAACGAGCGACCGGACGGAGACAUCUGGGAUGGAAACGCCCUCGCAUAUGCUUCCAAGACCAAAGGCAAAUUCUUCGUGAAACAUGCUAGCAAAUUCGGGUCGGGCCAUGCUACGCCGCCUGCUCCGUCCCCGAGCGACCGCGGAGCAGAUCUGACAACCAUCCUCGACCGCCCGCAGCGCGCUGACUUGACUGUUCUGGUCGCCGAGGCAAUUGAGCAGAUGCGAAAUGGCAUUGUCGCUAAUUUCCAUGUCGCUCCUCCGGCCAUCCAGGAGACUACACAUGACUUCUCUAAACAUGAGGAGGACGAGGAAGAUACGGACUCCUUGUUUGAUCCUCUUGAACAUCACGAGGACGAAAGCUCAAACGAUCGUGCUCCAUCGGAAGUAAAGGCUUCGACCAAGGAUCUUCAACUCGAGGCCAAAGCUCUCGCGGGCUUUGAUGACUGGAGAGAUACCGUCCUGCUCCGGAUCGGGGAAGUAGUAAAUCGGGACGAUGAUGCUCAGACUGAAUCCAGCCAAGACGACGCAUCGCAAGAACUGCCCGAGCCACGACUGGAACAGGAUGAGACUGCUUUGAAGAAACUUCGUGAGGUUUAUCCUCCGGUCGAAACGCCUCUCGUGCACCUGCCCAGAGCGAAGAAGCUGUUGAUCCUACACUCGUUACUACUGUUGAUGCUGAGUCUGGAGCACUACAAUGCUCGCUCACGGGUACUAAUGCUGUACGUAUCGUCUUCCUUAGACCUUGACGUUAAGAUCCUCAAUGGAGACGAGGUCAAGGUUGCACGGGGACUGCUCGACACAGCUCUUCAGCUUUCCCAAGCCGAGGCCAAAGAACCUGGGAAGCACCGCGAUUCGUCUAGAAAGUGGAAGGUUGGAAUAGCAUCUGUCGCAGGAGCCGCGUUGAUCGGCAUCACGGGCGGGCUCGCCGCGCCUCUUGUUGCGGCUGGUCUUGGCACAGUUUUGGCCGCUGCUGGCUACUUGGGCGCCUUGGCUGGUAGUGGUGUCAUCGUCGGAGGGCUCUUUGGUGCUUACGGAGGCCGCAUGACGGGUCGCAUGGUCGACAAGUAUGCGCGGGAAGUGGACGACUUCGCCUUCCUGCCUAUUCGUGGUACCCAUCGAAGGUCGGAGGACGAGAGGGAGGCAGCUGAAAAUGAUCAUAUGCUGCGAGUCACAAUCGGCAUCUCAGGUUGGGUGACGGAAGAAGACAACUAUGUUGUCCCGUGGAAAGUGAUUGGCAGUGACUCAGAAGUAUUCGGUCUACGUUGGGAAAGAAAGCCGCUGAUGAAGCUCGGCAACGCCAUGAACUAUCUUGUCACGAGUGCUGGCUGGGCUGCUGGAGGUCAAGUCCUGUCCCGUACUAUCUUUGCUCAGAUUAUGAGUGCAGUCAUGCUACCCCUGGGGCUACUCAAGGUUGCCCGCGUCGCGGACAACCCAUUUAGCGUGGCCAAGGCUCGCGCGGACAAGGCCGGUGAGGCACUUGCGGAUGCCCUGAUCAGCAAAGUACAGGGCGAAAGAUCUGUCACGCUGAUCGGCUACUCGAUGGGCUCCCGGACCCUCGCCAAGCGGCAGGCAUUCGGCUUAGUGGAAUCAGCGGUUCUCAUGGGCUCACCUACUCCGUCUAACGCACCUCACUGGCGCCGUCUACGCAGUGUUGUCAGUGGUCGAUUGGUCAAUGUGUACUCUGAAAACGACGCCGUUCUCGCGCUACUGUACCGAACCAGCAGCCUUCAGCUUGGUGUUGCCGGUCUACAGCCUGUGCAGGGUGUGUCCGGGGUGGAAAAUGUGGACGCCAGCGACUUUAUCAGCGGCCAUCUGCGGUACCAAUUCCUGGUUGGACGCAUUCUAGGCGUGGUGGGUCUAGAGAGUAUCGAUGCUGACGAAGUGGCUCGGGAGGAGGCAGCAUUGGAGGUCAAGGAUAGAAAGCAGGAGCAAGAGCGCCUGCAUAAUGAGCGUGCCGCUGGAUUAGAUGGGGAUGAGUCCGCGCGGCGACUUCUGGAGAAAGGCGAUGCGCAGGAUGAAGAGAAGAUACAAGGUGAGGUUGACCAGAAGACCAGAGAGGGCUUUAGCCCACACUUGACAAGGUCUACAUUCCAACCGUGA